CUCUUUCUCUUUCUCUCUCUAUUCUUACCUCUAAUUGAGUAUGAUGAUCUCUCUUACCCUUUGAUUGUAGUUGAUUUCUUGAUGGAUCUGCUGGUUUUUUCAGGAUCCUGCUGGGUUUGAGCUUAAUUUCUCGCUACCUUCUUGGUUUUUUCAGUUUCGGGGUUGAUUGGGUUGUUGUUCCAGGGGAGAAAUAAUGAAGGUUCCCUGUUGUUCAGUGUGCCAAACGCGGUACGACGAGGACGAGAGGGUUCCUCUUCUGCUCCAAUGCGGUCAUGGGUUCUGCAAGGAUUGUCUUUCUAGAAUGUUCUCUGCCUCUGCGGAUACCACGCUCUCCUGUCCCCGCUGCCGCCACGUUUCCCUGGUCGGUAACUCCGUCCAGGCCCUUCGGAAGAACUAUGCUGUGCUUGCACUUAUCCACUCAAAUUCCAACGCCAACGCCUCCAACUCUAGAAAUUUCGACUGCGAUUAUACCGACUCCGAUGACGAUGAUGCUGAUGCUGAUGGGGAGUUUGAUGGUGAUGAGGUGGCAGGACGGUGUAGCCGGGGCUCCCACGCUUCUAGCUCUGGAGGAUGCGGACCGGUCAUCGAGGUUAGUUCCCAUCAGGAGGUGAGGCUGGUGCGGAGGAUAGGGGAUGGGAAGGGGAAGGUAGGGGUGGAAACGUGGGCGGCUGUGGUUGGGGCACAUGGCCGGUGCAAGCACAGGGUCGCGGUUAAGAAGGUGACAGUCGUGGAGGGGAUGGAUGCCGACUGGGUGCAGGGGCAACUCGAGAAUUUGCGGCGCACUUCCAUGUGGUGCAGAAAUGUUUGCACUUUCCAUGGUGUGGUGAGAAUGGAGGAAGGAAGUUUGGGUCUUGUUACGGAUAGGUGCAAUGGAUCUAUUCAGUCUGCUAUGCAAAACAAUGAAGGCCGGCUUACUUUGGAGCAAGUCCUAAGAUAUGGAGCAGACAUUGCACGAGGAGUGGCAGAACUCCAUGCGGCAGGUGUUGUUUGUAUGAAUAUAAAACCAUCUAAUCUACUUUUGGAUGCAAGUGGUCAUGCUGUUGUUUCUGAUUAUGGACUUGCUGCAAUUCUGAAGAAACCUUCUUGCCGAAAAGCACGAUCAGAGUCUGAUUCUUCAAAGAUUCAUUCAUGUAUGGACUGUACAAUGCUCAGCCCACAUUAUACUGCUCCAGAGGCAUGGGAACCAGUAAAGAAGUCACUGAAUCUAUUCUGGGAUGAUGCAAUGGGCAUAUCUUCAGAAUCAGAUGCCUGGAGUUUUGGUUGUACAUUAGUAGAAAUGUGCACUGGCUCGAUCCCUUGGGCUGGUUCAAGUGCUGAAGAGAUAUAUCGGGCAGUUGUCAAGGCUCGAAGAUUACCACCACAGUAUGCAAGUGUAGUAGGUGUGGGUAUACCUAGGGAAUUGUGGAAGAUGAUCGGUGAAUGCCUACAGUUCAAGCCGUCAAAAAGACCAACAUUUAAUGCAAUGUUAGCAAUAUUCCUCCGUCAUUUACAAGCAAUACCACGCAGUCCCCCUGCAAGCCCUGAUAAUGGCUUUGACAAAAUUCCUGGAUCAAAUGUAGUGGAACUGUCAGCUGCACCUGAUACAGAAGCUGUCCAGCAUUAUCCCAAUCAUCUACAUCGACUAGUGUCUGAAGGAGAUGUGAAUGGUGUCAGAGAUCUUCUUGCAAAGGCUGCAAUGGGAGGUGGUAGUAGCUUGAUUUCUUCACUUCUAGAAGCACAAAAUGCUGAUGGGCAAGCUGCUCUGCACUUGGCUUGUAGACGUGGUAGUGCUGAGCUUGUUGAGGCAAUGCUGGAGUACAAGGAGGCAAAUGUGGAUGUUUUGGAUAAAGAUGGGGAUCCGCCGCUUGUUUUUGCUUUAGCAGCUGGAUCCCCAGAAUGUGUUUGUGCCCUCAUCAACAGAGGUGCUAAUGUUCAGUCCAGGUUGAGGGAAGGCUUUGGUCCAUCUGUUGCUCAUGUUUGUGCUUACCAUGGUCAACCUGACUGCAUGCGGGAAUUACUAUUGGCUGGAGCUGAUCCUAAUGCAUUGGAUGACGAAGGUGAAUCUGUACUGCAUAGAGCUGUUGCUAAAAAAUAUACAGAUUGUGCCCUGGUCAUAUUGGAAAAUGGAGGCUGUAGAUCAAUGGCUGUUUUAAAUUCAAAACAAUUGACACCUUUACAUUUGUGCAUAGCAACAUGGAACGUAGCUGUUGUCAGAAGAUGGGUAGAAGUUGCAUCCCCAAAAGAAAUUGAUGAAGCAAUUGAUAUUCCCAGUUCACUUGGUACUGCAUUGUGCAUGGCAGCUGCUCUGAAAAAAGACUGUGAAACUGAGGGUAGAGAACUAGUGAAAAUAUUGCUCACUGCUGGGGCAGAUCCAACUGCCCAAGAUCCCCAGCAUGGGAGAACAGCAUUGCAUACAGCUGCUCUGGCUAAUGAUGUUGAACUAGUGAAAAUUAUUCUUGAAGCUGGAGUGGAUGUGAACAUACGGAACAUGCAGAAUACAAUACCCCUUCAUGUGGCCUUGGCCAGAGGGGCAAAAUUAUGUGUUGGGUUGCUUUUAUCUACUGGAGCUGAUUGCAAUUUGCAGGUUUUCUACUGUUUUAAAAAUCUGGUUAAUUUUGAAUUUAUGGUCUUUGUAUGAAACUAAGGGCCAAUGAUGGAUGUAACAUUGAAGUAGUAGCUAAAAGCUUGGAAUGAGUUGAUGCACAUGGUUAACCUGAUAAAUAUGCCAAGUUUGUGAAUAAUGGUAAUGGCAUUCUGAAUGUGAUGGUGACGGAGAAAAUAUAGAUAUCAUUUAGAUUGGAAUUAUGUUAUUAUUAUUGGCAUUGGGUCUGUAAGGUAAAAGAGAAAAUCAAAUAAGAAAAAAAGUUUGUUUGCAUGAUGACUGCUGCUGUGAUGGUACACAUUAAGAGUCAAAGCAUCAGCCUCAAAUAUCUUAUUUCAAGUCACUGGCUUAUGCUAUUGCUAAUGACUAUCAGGAUGAUGAAGGUAAUAAUGCUUUCCAUAUAGCUGCUGAUCAAGCAAAGAUGAUACGUGAAAAUCUUGAAUGGCUUAUUUUCAUGCUGAGAAAUCCUGAUGCUGCUGUUGAUGUAAGAAAUCACAGGUGAGUUC